AAGUGGGGAGCUGUGAGGGGUGUGUUCUGAAGGGGUUAAUAUGAAUGAUCAAUGAGUGGGAGGAGCCCCAAUAGUCUCAGUUGUUAUUGUGAAGUAAAGAGACACCGCCUUGUCUGUAUCAGACUCCCCGCCAGUAACAUUAUAACCCGAGUCCGGACACAGACUCACAGCUGAGGGGACACAGAGAACCAAUCAGACGCUUUCCCGUGAGUCAGGCUCCGCAGCUGUAGGAAGUAUCCGCGUAACUCCGCUCCGCGCUCCCCAGUUGACUUUGUGGGAAUCCAAGUUGUGAAGCUCCCGAAUUUCUCGCUCCUUCCCCCAGACAAGGCCCAGCUGUUCCUCUAUGUACAAAAUGGAUUAUUCUUACCUCAACUCGUAUGACUCGUGUAUGGCGGCAAUGGAAGCCUCCGCCUAUGCGGAUUUCAGCUCGUGCGGUCAGAGCAGCAGCUUCCAGUACAAUCCCAUGAGGAGCAGCUUUGGGGCCAACCCGGCCUGUCCCCCCCUCACUCCUUCCAACUGCUCCCUGGGGACCCUCAGAGACCACCAGCCUCCCCCUUACUCUACAGUCCCUUACAAGUUCUUCUCAGACCCGUCGAGCAUUAAUGAGAAGAGGAAGCAGAGGAGGAUCCGGACCACCUUCACCAGCUCCCAACUCAAAGAGCUUGAGAGGGUAUUUGCCGAGACUCACUACCCUGACAUCUACACCCGAGAGGAGCUGGCACUCAAGAUCGACCUGACGGAGGCCCGAGUCCAGGUCUGGUUCCAGAACCGACGGGCCAAGUUCCGCAAGCUGGAGAGGGCAACCAACUCCAAGGGUGGAAGUUCCAACAAUGGAGGAUCUGGCAAUAAGAAGUCCGAUGGACAUUCCUCUUCAGAGGAUGAUGAAUCCAAGGAGUCCAACUGCAGUCCAACCCCAGACAGUACCGCUUCUCUGCCAACCGCAGGAAACCUCAGUAGCCCUGGGGGCAGCUUGAGCCCCAGCCCUGGUGCAGUUUCAGGUCUUGUGCCGACCCACACGGUGCAGACCCUCAAGGGCCCAAUCUGGCCUGGAGUCCCAAGUAGCCACAGCACCAGCACAGCUGAGCUCCUCAAAGCCUGGCAACCCGCCGACGCAGUGCCAAGCCCAUUCGCUGGCGUCCUCUCGACAUUUCAUAGAAAGCCCAAUAACCUGAAGGCAAAUCUGUUUUAAGCCCUACUGUGCCCAUCAGGUACAUCCCAAGCAAGGAAAGAACAGCAACAUUAGGCAGCAGCCAGUAAGAACAAGUAACUGUCCCACCAUGACGCCAUUUUGCUUGGGAAGCUGUGGACUUGUUUGGCUCAUUCCCAUGGCCUGAGGUAUCCCGGCUGAGAUGACUGUAAGCAGCAGGGAGCUGGGGCUUUAGGGAACUUGAGGGACACCCUUGAGGUACAAUAGACUUGACUCAGAAGAAGGACCAAAUGUUUUAUGAUUGUGACAAAAUAUAAAGAACUUUACAUAGAGUUGCCAUGUUUACUGGGCCCCCCUGCUCUGCCUAUUCCAGACCUUGAUUUCCUCCUCUCAACCAAUCCAGUUUCUUCACCCUCAUAAUCCCACCUCUUCCUGUUCCUGUCAACAGGCCACACACACUUUGCUUUUGUUACUUUUACUUUAUUUAAUAUUUAUUGUAUUUAACUUGUUUUAUUUUAAAUAUAUAUAUAUUCCUGUAUGGGUAGUACUGACUAUACAAGAUGUACGAGAGCUUCUUCUCUCUCAGUGACAGGUUUCAAACUACAGGCAUGAGCUGUGGAGAUUCCUCUCUCAAAAUGGCCGCCUCUUGUAGGCUGCGGUGUGGAGAUUCCUCUCUCAAAAUGGCCGCCUCUUGUAGCCUGAGGUUUAGAGAUUCCUCUCUUAGAACAGCUGCCUCUGUCACCUUCAGUAUUAAGGCUGCAAACGGCCACAAACGGCCCCUCUGUAACCUGAAGUACUGACAAAGCUCUGACAAAAUGGCCGCCUGAAGUAACAAAGUUCUCACAAAAUGGCCGCCUCCAUAGCCUGUGGGAAAGGAAACACAUGAACUUGAUCCUGUUGGCUGUGUGUAAAUUCUCUUCAUAUCAGAGUCUGAAAUGUGACACAAGAUGAAUAAAGUCAGACUGUAUGUAAGUACUCGUGUAUAGGAACGUACGUGAUUAAACAUGGCUGUCUCAUACACACACGUAUUGUGUCUCAUUCAUUUCCCUUUACAGAACAGAAAA